UGAUACAGUAUUAACGGCUCGUGUCUCCUUUCUCGCGUUCAUCAUCAGUCCAUCAGCAGCACAGCAAGCGAGCGCUCGCGGGUUGAGUGUGACUGAAUUCUGACGUCGCCUCCAUAUACAUCCUCCACCAAUUAAAUGCUAGCGGCGCGACGUGACGCGCCACUAGCUGAACGCGCCCGUUAUAAUCAGCGCAAGCUACACGGGAGCGUUGCGUCCAGCGCGUGACGAAGAUUCCCCGGAGCGAGUGAAUUGGUGGCUGCUCGGUCUAGACAAUCGGAGGCGGAAACUGAAGAGUCGUUACAGCCCACUCUAAAAACCCAGUCAAAACCAACUCACGGGCUCCAAGUCAAUGAGAAUAACGGCAGUAAUUCAAAGAGGACGGUCCUCACAUCCCCAUCCUCAAGUUUUGUGGUGUUACAUGUUUUAUCUGAGGUAAACCACGGGGAGAGCUUCAUCUGAAGGACGUUUCUCAGAAAUUCACCAUCAAAGAAAAUCCGUCCGAUGUCUUAGGCCUGCUCUUCCCGUGUCCCAGUUAUCUAAAGUGACAUUUCAAGAUAACAGGGAAACAAGGGUUUAAAACACAGAGUUUCUCUAUAGAUCUUCCUUUCUCACACACGCACACUUGAAGACCGAGAAUAAUCGCUCUGAAAGCAUGGAGCCCGCCGAGAUGAACACUAUCCCCAACGGGAAGGGGCACGAAGCUGGCGAGGAGACUACUGUGACUGCAAUAAAAAACCAAUCAGAAGAUGCAGCUCAGGAACUUGUACCAAAUAGCACUGAAAAUGCCAGUACUGACAGAACUCCAGGUAAUGCAGAGGCAAACCUGGUCGAAAGCUCAGAGUUCCUGUCCAACGCAGAUGACAAGAAAACCCCUCGCUUCACAGAUUUUGAGGGAAAGACCUCUUUUGGGAUGUCUGUCUUCAACUUGGGAAACGCCAUCAUGGGAAGUGGAAUUCUGGGAUUAGCAUAUGCAAUGGCUAACACGGGCAUUGUCCUCUUUGUAAUUCUCCUCACUACUAUCGCUGGUCUGUCUGCAUACUCCAUUCACCUGCUGCUAAAAUCUUCAGGCGUUGUGGGCAUUAGAGCUUAUGAACAACUGGGCUUCCGAGCCUUUGGCACACCAGGCAAGAUGGCUGCCGGCAUUGCGAUCACCCUGCAGAACAUUGGAGCCAUGUCCAGCUACUUGUACAUAGUAAAGUAUGAGUUUCCACUGGUUAUCCAGGCUUUUCUCAAGGUGGACAAUCCAUCAGGGGAAUGGUAUUUAAACGGCAAUUACCUGGUCGUCAUUGUAUCGUGCACUGUCAUCAUGCCGCUGGCUUUAAUGAAGCAGCUCGGGUACCUGGGCUACACCAGCGGUUUCUCUCUCAGUUGUAUGGUCUUCUUCCUUAUUUCGGUGAUCUAUAAGAAGUUCCAGGUGAAAUGUCCUUUUGAGGACUUUUCCCAUAACAGGACAGUGUUGGGCUUUAACACAAGUGUGGCAGCUGAUCCCGGAGGAGUGGAGAUGACCCCUGAGGGUGACCCUGCCUGCACCCCCCGCCUCUUUAACCUCAACUCACAGACGGCCUACACGGUUCCCAUCCUGGCGUUCGCAUUCGUGUGCCACCCCGAGGUGCUGCCAAUUUACACGGAGCUGCGCAACCCUACAAAGACAAAGAUGCAACACGUCUCCAACAUCUCCAUAGGAGUCAUGUAUGUCAUGUACCUCUUGGCUGCUCUGUUCGGGUAUCUGACCUUCAUUGAUAAGGUGGAAGCUGAGCUGUUGCACACCUACAGUCGAAUCGACCCGUAUGACACACUCAUCCUGUGCGUUCGUCUGGCUGUGCUGACUGCCGUCACACUCACUGUACCCAUCGUGCUGUUUCCUGUAAGGAGAGCCAUUCAGCAGCUGUUCUUCCCAAAUAAAACCUUCUGGUGGCCACGUCACAUUGCUAUAGCUGUCACCCUCCUCACCCUCAUCAACUUACUGGUCAUCUUUGCCCCGAACAUCCUGGGCAUCUUCGGGAUCAUCGGUGCCACGUCUGCGCCGUGCCUCAUCUUUAUAUUUCCAGCUGUGUUUUACAUCCGCAUUGUUCCCAAGGAAGAGGAACCCAUGCGCUCAGCGCCGAAAAUCGUUGCUGCUUGCUUCGCCUUAUUAGGAGUCCUAUUUAUGAUAAUGAGCCUGAGCUUCAUCAUCAUUGAUUGGACAUCAGGGACCAGCAAAGGAAGCAGUGGUCAUUAGGCCUCACCCCUCUAAUGGUUUAUGCUUUUUAAUAUUACUUUCGGGUCAGUAGUUGGGGAGGAUGCAUAAUCUCUCAGUGAUCAGUCACAAGAAUAGUACCAGAUUCCUAGAUUUAGUUGCAUUCAAUCAAUGCAUUAUUUAGCCAUGUGACCUGCAUAUGCUGUAAAUAGGGUCUUGACCCAUCUCAGGCCGGCAUUAAAUCCAUUUAAAGGCCAUCCUCUCCCAAAAAGGAGUGGUUGGGACAUGGAAAUAGGGAGAAGAUAACCAGAGCAAGAAAAUCAAAGCCCAUGAUAGUUAGAUUGUGCCAUAGCAUCAGCACAUGCAGUAUGCAGGGUUUGCAAACAAAAGGGAUUUUGCAUUCUAACCAAACAGACUCAUCCGCUGGCCCAACCUCCCAUCCAUCCCUUCAUAUUAUGACCUUUGACCUCUGCCCAUCGGCCACAUUCACAAGAGAUUAGAAUCACAGUAAGUGCUCAGUUCUUAUGGGGGGAUUGGUGGUUAUUAAAGAGUUUAUUUCAUCAUAUCUCAUAUUAGAUAUAGCAAUACUCUGUGCAAUAGCUGAAGGCUGUCGAGAGGCGACACACGACCUCGUCCAGAAUCCAGGCUUGAUUUGGCUGCAGUCUAUUACACAAUUUCAAAUUUAUGCAAACUGUACGUAUGUCACAUUUUUAUAUGGAUUUAUAAUGUUUAUCCUUUCUACAGUAUUUAGAGAUAAAUAUAUUAGUAGAUAUAUGAGCGUAAAUAUAUAUAUAUAUAUAUAUAAUAUAUACGAGAAUUCCGAUUCAUCCAGUGUUCUCAAGGUUAUCUAUUACACCCCUUUACAAUAUUUGUGACUCUUCAGCUAAAAUGCCAUCUUUAGAAGAUAUAGAUUUAAAAAGACAGAAUUAUCCAAGGCACAUUCUUCAUUUUUAGGAAUAUUACUGGUUGCAAUGGGAAAGCACAGAUUGGAAAGCACAGUUAAUCAUAGGGUCAGUUUGCAAUGAUCCCAUGAGCUCUGCUGACAGACUGAUUUUGAAACACUCUCUGGAUUUAUAUGCAGAGAAAACCAAAAACACAGAUUCACAGGGUCUUCUCCUUAACUGGAGAAACAAAUGUGGUGCAUUCAUGCACAUAAAUGUUUUAGCUACAGGGCAAAAUGGCAUACAUGUGAUAACAUUGCCUGGUGGAAGCUGAUAGGUUUUGCUUCUAGAUAGGUUUAAAAAAGAGGCUAUUAACCCAAGUAGACGGAUGACUUUGGUCAUUCGGCGAAUAUUGAAACUGUAGCACUUUCAGUUGAAGCACAACUUCCUCUCAUUCUCUUGACCCAGUUACGACUUACGACAUAAUCAUAGAUUAAUAUAUUUUGUAGACAGAUAUAUGAAUAAAAGCCUAUGUACUACUAACUGUAAAUUGUUUGGAGAAAAAAAAAAAAGUAAUGUGUGGAUGUCUAACAUGGUACAUGAAUAUUUUAAACUUUGUAAUUGAAACUUGUCAUCCUAAAAAAAACUAUAAAUCGAGCACUCACUGGCCCAUAAUGAUCUUAGUGGUAACACUGUGGUGUUUUAGUUUGUGUGUGAAUGUGAAUGUGUGUGUUCUCUCCUCUUCUCGCUUAUGGAGAAAGAAUACUUCAGUCAGUGAAUGUACUGUAAUGGACUAUAAGAUGUCUAAAUGAGAUGUGCAUUUAAAUUGUGGUACUUUUUUAUUCAUUUUUGUCUGUUUAAUUAAUGUUUAAUGGAUAGACAAGCCACACAUAUAACUAAAUCAUCAUAUCUGUGAACCAGUAUUAGCAUAAUUACAUAUCUUUUUUUCAGUGUUUUACAUGUCCCUGGUGCUGCAUCGAGGGCCUGUCAGACAGUAAAAAGGCACUGUAAUAUAUUCCAAAUUACAAUCUGUACUUGUUUUGUUUUUAAAUGCCUUGUUUAUCAUGGCUGGAGGCUUCAUUUCCCUCUUUGUGGUCUUUUGGAUAUAUACAGUAUAUGUAGAGAAAUGAUAAAUGAAUGAUUAAAUAUGUCUGUAUGAUUGCUGAAGUGCAUCAUUGAAAUAACCCAUUGUUCAUUUUUUGGUAAAGACGCGUUUAGUUGUGUGUUCUGGUGAUGGUGAGAUGUUAUUUGUAGUGGUGUAAUGCCUCACACACCAAUGUGGUUUCUCAAGCACAAAAGUGUCCCAUCGUUUUAGCAGUGUGUGUUAAUGUCUGAGAACUAAAUGUGCCAGUUGUUAAAGAAUUGCCAGUAUCUUUCCUGAAAUAUACCAGUGGCUCUAAAUGAUUCUUGACUACUCAAAGUCUAACUUUGAAAGUAGAAGCGUGAUUCUCAUGCAAAUAUGCCCAAGUUGCAUUUCACCCCAAAAUCAGACAACAAUAAUUAUAUGUGUUUAGUUAUUUAUAUACUUGUAUUCUGCUAGGAUACAUUAAAUUGGCCAAAAGUGACAAAGAUAUGUUUUAUCAUUUCUAUUUCAAAUAAAUGAUGUUCUUUUGAAUUUUCAAAGAAUGCUUAAAAAAACAAAACAAAAAAAAACAAUCAGCAUAUUAGAAUUAUUUCUGAAUGACUGAUGAAAAUUUAGCUUUGCCAUCACGGGCAUAAAUUGCAUUUUAAAAUAUGUUCAAAUAGAAAACACUUUACUGUAUUUGUGAUCAAAGAAAUACAGUCUUGGACUUCUUAUCAACCCCAGAUGUACAUAUCUAAUCAAUUAUAUGACACACAUAUAUAUAUAUAUAUAUAUAACAGGCUAAAAGCAUAAUUUCUGUCAUUUGAUUUUGGGGUGACAUUUCGUGAGAUUCACUGAGAGAGAUGUUAAUUUUGAUCUGAUAGUGUUUGUGAUCAUUUUUAAACUAAGCAUAAUGUUUCUGAGUAUUUUUAAGGAGAAAUGACUCCUGUCUGAUGUAUCCACUGCAUAAACUGAUGAUUUUAUGAUGACGGUAGUUCACGUUAACCAGUAAGAUCUUAUUAACUUCCUAUCAGUAGGGAUAUUUAGUAUCAAUGAUGAAUCAUGGAUAAAUAUUGUUCCCUUUAUAAAAGCACAGUCUGAUUGCUGCAACUAGAGUACUGGCAGCGGUGCACCUGAAACUGCCCUGGACAACAAGAUCCCCCAUGAUGCUGUGCUUCCAUCCCCAGGCUUUCACACGCACAGCGUUGUAGAUUUUGAGCUGAUGUCUGGGCUGACAGUAGCACUUUUCAAGCAUCUGCAGAUCACACCGUUACAUGAUCUCCAAAUCUGCAAAGUAGCAGAAGGGGGAAGAUUUGAAUUGUCUUUUUUAGCAGCUGUGUACUAGUGUCCAGUCAACGUGAUGUUUCCCUUGUGAUGUAAUGAAAGUGUCAUCUGUUUGUAACAGUUUAUGUGAGUUCAUUACUCACAUGGCAGCAUUUAUAAAUAAUGUACAUAAAUGUAAACCCUUUAUAUUAUAAGCACAUCUAUAGUUUGUAUAUUGUAAAUAGUCAGAUGAUGUUUAGUCUGAUGAUUAAAACGUAAUAAUUUUUAAAAAUGCUUUUUAAAAAGCCAGUUUAUGUCUUUAUUUUCUUUAUUCUCCGUAUCGAGUACAUUGCUGGCAGUUAAUGUACUGUAAACAAUGUUCAAAUAAAAAAAAAAGAAUAAAUAAUAUUCAUUCAUUCUUGA